AGGAGACUUCUUCUUAAAAAAUACAUAUUUAAAGAAAAAGAGAGAGAGACAAACAAGGAGAACAUCAUGUGAAGAUAGAUGCACAGAGAGAAGACAGCCAUGGGACUACCGGAGAAACAGCACAAUUGCAUGCUGUAGGGGAGAGGAAAUUCUCUCCAGGGAGGUUGCUACCAGAAAAAGGGACUAUGCCCAGCUCCUUCUGGUUAGAGAAUUUAAAGGAACUGAUCAAAUUCAAAAUCGUGGCUAUGAGAAAUAGGAGAGAAUGUGUCCAGGCAUAUAAAGGAGUAAUUAUAAGAACAAAGCAAAACAAAAUGCAGCAUUAAGAACCCAGUUGACUGGAAUAGCAUAUUUUUAGUAGUACUGAUUUGCAGACAAGCACACUGGUAGAGGAGCAAGACUAGCGGAUGAAUGGCCAAAAGGCUAAAGAACUGCAGAUAAAAUGUGAUAACCAGAACAGGGAGAAAGUUAACAAUGAUUGCAUUGGGUCUGAGGAAGAGAAGUAAGGAAAUGGAUCCAGAGAAAGGUUGAUUAAACUAAAUUGAAAGGAAGGAGCAGAGAAUCUCUGAAUGGGGAUAUAAGCCAGAAUACAGUUAUUUUAAAAUCAAUUUAUGCUUGUAAGUUCAGGUUCUAAUUACAGUAAGUCUUUCCUUUUCUAGUAGAAAUGAGUGCUCAACUUAAAAUUUCAGACUUCACUGUUAAAAAGGAUUAAAUAAUCAAUAGUUAUGGAAAUAUUGUAAAGGAAAUGGUGAUCUAUGAAUUCAUAAUCAUGAAGUUCUAAUUAACUUCCUCAUCAGUACUUGUAAUAAGCAUCACCCUCCUAACAUUUUUGGGAAGUGAAAUGUUGUAAGUUGUUCAAAUCAGGAACAACAGUUCUUGACAAAAUUUGCUUUUUAAAAGCAUAAAUGAUUACAUGUAAUUACUUCUCUUCCUUGGAUUUUUCUGCAGUUUUCUUAAUUUAAUAAAUUAAAAAGGCAAUAUUGAAAUGAUCUCAUAUCAAAGCCUCCUCUUUUAUAAUUCAGUAAUAUAGUUAGUGAACAGACCUCGGUCUUGGUGACUUGUGUGAAAAGCACUUUGAAACUCCCUGUUCACAGAUUCUUCUUAAUAUGCGUAUAAUAGUCAUCCAAAAAGCUAGUCAGGGAGAAUACCCGUCAGCAGCUUAAAUUCCCUUGUUUAAUGUCAUGGAAAUAAAAACAUACCUCCUUCUCCUUGGGAGGCUGUCAGGUCUGAUCUAGCUCCCAUAGCUUCAGUAUUCUUAUUUCCAAAUAUGCCCUCUUUUGCUGAUUCUGCUGCCUUUGAAAAGAGAUGGGAUGGGGAAAUCUCACUACCCAGCCCUUCAGGGCCUCUUCUCAGACCACAAUCCAGGCUGCUGACGCUGACUGUGGUAAGGCUGGAGUUGACAGCUAACACACUUUUUUCUGUCCUUCUCAUUUACCAUUCAUAUGCCAUUAACAUUCAUGUCCAUAGUUUUGGAAAUUGUGUCUUCUUGUCUUUGUAACUGGCAGAGUAGGCAUAUAGGGCUAAUUUUUUGUCUACCCAUAGUGCUCCUUCUUUCAAUUGGAGUUUCUGUCACUUGAUCAUGUUCCAUUUAAUAGUUUAUUAAUAAAUUUUGAUAUAUUGCUCCAUAAUUGUUUCUUGUGGGUAAGUCUCUACUCCCCGGUGUGAUUUUAAUUAAUAAUUCAAGGAGGCAGGGAUUGUGCCUUAACAUCUUCUUUGUAAAGAUCCCUUCAAGAAGAAACCCAAGAAAGAAUACAUAGGAUCAGUUCUUAGAAUGUGUGCAAUUAUUCAGUUUUUCAAUAAGUAUUUAUUUGAACACUUACUUUUUGCCAUCUACUCUGCUAGGGUUGUAUAGCCAAGCAGUGGAUCCACUGAGCUUACACUCUAGUGGGAGGUCCAGAUGAGUAAAUCAGAUAAUCUAAGACAGUGUGAUAUUUGAUUUGAGAGGAUAAGUAUGAGUUGUUAUGUAUGACUAUGGUCUAUGUGUAAAGAGGAGGCUCUUCUGCAGCUUUGAACGAGUGCCUAGGAAGGUGACCUUUGAAAUCAGCUGAUACCUGAAAGGAUAUGUAAGGGUUGGCCAGACUUAGCAGAGGUGGGGAAGGGUGAGGGGAUAAAGACAGGGUGCUCAUUUGGAAGAAGACCUCUCUAGCUAAUUAGAGAGUAAAGGGGUACAUUAUGGCUUGAACACAGAGUUCAAGUAGGAGUGGGGAGGCCAUAACAGUGGCAGGGAUCUGAAAUGGCCUUGUUAAGUGUUUGGGUAUUAUUUUAGGAAUGGGGAUUUUUAAAGCCAGAGAACAGCAUGAUCAAAUUUAUAUACUUAGAGUCUUCUGGCUGUGCUGUGGAAGAUGGUUUGGCAGAAAGGAGCUGUAGGAAGACAAUUUAAGAGUUAAUUGAGUGAUAGAGACUAGAGAGGAUAGUGAUCUGAACAAGGUGGCUAAGUGAAGGGAUUCAAGAGACAUGUAGCAGGGAAAGUCCUUGAAAAUUAUUGGAUUGUUGGAGAGGGGUGCAGUAAGAGAAAGACAUGGUCAAGGGUGAUUGGAAGUUCUCUUCAAUUCUCUGUUCCCCCUCCCAUUCCUCUGUCAUUGAUUUUAGGCAACCAUAAAUUUAGAGCUAUAAUAUUCAUGGUCAUAAAAUGAAUUUAUGUGGGCCUUAUAGGACAUUUAUGUUCAAUUGUAAUAUUUUCUAUAAUCUCUAUAGGAAGGCUUUUAGAUUACAGAGAUAGUUUCUGUGUUAAAGGCCCUCUGUUAAAAUAUUAAACAGCAUUCCUGGGUACAUGAUUUAUAAUAAUUACAAAUUCAUCAUAUUUAAUAUUUCAGGGAAAUGUAAAUAUAUAUAACCAGUUUCCAAUCACAUUAUGCCAUUAAAAGUCAGUUAAUUAAUGAUGUAUUUAUUAGGCAGGAAAAGAAUGUGAACUUUCAGUAUAGAACUCACCCAUUGCCCAACCAUAGAUGAAAUAAAAAUCUAGACAAAUAUAAAGUAAUGAAAAUAUUUGUUAGAUAUACAGAUAGCUCCAGGUAUUUCCAGGAGUUAUUAAAGCCAUUUGUGGUUUUCUGGAAGAUUCUGGGCUAAUACUCAAAUGCCACAGUUUAUCACUUUGGGAUUAUGCUUCUUUGAUAGGGAAUCACCAGUGGCCAUUUCACUCCUACGUGCCAUCUAGACAGUUAUUUUUUCCCUUUCUUCAUCUAUUCUUCCCUUUCUUUCUUCUUUAAAAAAAGUUAAUCCGUUUCUUACCAGACCUCCCUUAAAUUCUUGGACGUGAGAAGUACUCUCAAGAGGUAUUAAAGAAAACUGAACCUGGCACCUUUGUUUUGGUCUUGGCCCUACCAAAAUCAGCUCUGUAAUUAGGAAUUUGCUACAUCUCAGGAUCUUGAUUUCUACAUCUGUAAAAUGAGAAAACUGAAGUAGACUAUUGUUAAGGGGACUCCCAGCUAUGAUUCUUUUAUCCUGCCUUUAUUUCCCUGGUAUUAUAUAUCCAGUUGCUUCCAGGCCUUUGUUUACUUGAGGGUUCCACUGGUACUAGAGAUUUGCUCAGAGCUGCCCCCUCAUGUUGUAGCUUCCAUGGUUUGUCCUCUGCCCCCACUGGCAGUACCAAGGGACUAGACUAGAAUAAGCAACUGGUAAGGAGCCCAGGGGAGAAGGAGACGCAGCACGGCAGCUGAAAGUCCCAUGUUUAAAUACUUAACAAUCUACAUACACAUCACACGGUAAAGUUGCCCUUUUGCAGCAUUCCUUAUCAUUACUAUUAUUUUUUUUAACCAGACAAAUGUUUGAGUUUUUUGACUUGUUUAUAUUUUGUGUAUGUGUGCAUUCUUUUAAAUUGGGGUGGGAGAGAUGGGAUGGUUGCUGAAGAGGGCAGAGGAGAAACCACAGAACAUUUUAUUGCAAACUAUGCUGCCUCUCCAGACAAAAAGCAUAGAUUUCCUUACAAAGGUUGUAGUUCUCUCCCAUUCCAAGUCCAUUCUGGCAACCCCACCUCCACAUUCAUCCUCAGGUACUGUUCUAUAGCAUGUUUGUGACCCCUUCCUUCAUUGCUAACAUAUGUCCUUCUCAAAUCUGCCUUCAAGCUUGUUUCCUUCAGAAAUACUGAUUAAUCCCACUUAUGAUUGGUCACCAAUCACAUUUAAGCCCCCUGGACGUCAUUGUUACUCUUUUAAAACACAUUUAAAAUAGUUUCGGACACAAAAUAGGAAAAUACCAAGUCAUUUGUAUAUGUUGUGGUAUGUAUACAGUAAUAUCUUCUAUCGCAUAUUUUAAACACACUAGAAAUAGUGUGAUUUUUCACGUAUUGUUCUGUUUAGUUUUUGAAAUGAAAGAUAUGAAGGGUAAAGAGUAAUCCUACUGCCAUGAAGUCGUUUGACAUCACUUGUUUUCUCUUACUCAUUGUGAUUGCUGUCACUGAUGAAGUUAAUCCCAGCUUGGACAUUGGCAUGUAUGAUUUUGCAAAAUGGUUCUUUAAAGGACUAUAAGAAUGUGGUCAUUUAAAGCUGUUUCAGAAAGUGUAUUGCUCCUACUGUGAUGUUAGAAAUGGCAAUUUUUAAACUUAUGUCAGAAUUUGACUACAAAAUGGGUAGUUUUUAAAGCUGCCUUGGUCUACUGCUUGAUGCAUUUUAAAUUUGAAAUGAAUCUUUGAACACCUGUAUGGCUGCAGGAACAGUGGUUAAGUUUGUUGGUUUUCCACUUAGUCAUCUAUCACUUUAGUAAGAAGCUAAUGCCUAUCAGUUGGAGAAAAAGCAAAUGCUUUGCAUUGACAGUCUCCCCUACCCUCUAUUAUUGUCAUUUUUUUAAGUCGUCACUGCUCUGGCUUUUAAAAUGCACGUUUUUGAAUGGAUUUUGCAAUGAAUGAUCUCUUGUAGAUCUCAAAGUCCACUAGAAAGAGUAUUGGGUUUUUUGUUUGUUUUGAACCUUGCAAACAGUAAUGCUUCUUUGCCACUCACCCUCCCCCCACCCUCACUCUCCACAACGUUCCCGUUUGCUUAUAGUUGUCAACGACCAUGAUCUCUGGACCCACGGCUACAGUAACAAGUUUGUUAGUGAUUUUCAAAUAAGGUGCAAAUCAAGGGAUGGCUUUGUCCCACUUCCGCGCAGGCGGGACAGACUUGAGGAAGACCCAGCUGAGGAGACAAAUUCUCAGGACAUGGGAAAGCGGAACCACCAAAAGGAGUGAUGGUCAACGAUCUCAUGAUAAAUCUGGAUGCUAGUUCUCAUGCCUCAGGACGUCCUACUGGGAACGCCACACCAGCUCCUGGGAUCAGACUUUCAUCUACUUAGGACCCCUCUUUGCCCGAACUACUAAAGCCAGUCUUAGCUAGCCACGAAUGGCUACCCAAAGGAAACACUUGGUGAAAGAUUUUAAUCCUUACAUUACCUGCUAUAUCUGUAAAGGGUAUCUGAUCAAGCCAACCACAGUGACGGAAUGCCUCCAUACAUUCUGUAAGACUUGUAUUGUUCAGCACUUUGAAGAUAGCAAUGAUUGCCCAAGGUGUGGCAACCAAGUUCAUGAGACAAAUCCAUUAGAAAUGUUGAGGUUGGACAAUACAUUAGAGGAAAUUAUAUUUAAGCUGGUCCCUGGACUGCGAGAACAAGAACUUGAGCGUGAAUCUGAAUUUUGGAAGAAAAAUAAGCCUCAAGAAAAUGGACAAGAUGUUACUUCAAAAGCUGACAAACCGAAAGUAGAUGAAGAAGGUGAUGAAAAUCAAGAUUAUCACAGAAGUGACCCACAAAUUGCUAUCUGUCUAGAUUGUUUACGAAAUAAUGGACAAUCGGGGGACAAUGUAGUAAAGGGUUUAAUGAAGAAAUUCAUUCGAUGUUCUACACGGGUAACUGUUGGAACUAUUAAAAAAUUUCUAAGUUUAAAACUAAAACUUCCAAGUUCUUAUGAGCUGGAUGUGCUGUGCAAUGGUGAAAUUAUGGGGAAGGAUCAUACUAUGGAAUUCAUCUACAUGACAAGAUGGCGACUAAGAGGCGAAAACUUUCGGUGUCUGAACUGCUCAGCUUCGCAAGUCUGCUCUCAGGAUGGCCCUUUGUAUCAGUCAUACCCUAUGGUAUUGCAGUAUCGACCAAGAAUUGAUUUUGGUUAGACCAAGGGGCCCAGACCUCACUGAGAUGAAUCCUGCACUAUUUGUUUACUCGUCAACAGAUUGCACAGUUAACGGUGUGUGGACUAGAGGAACACAACCAGAUUUUCAGCAUGCAAAUAAGGCCAUUGUCUAUCUCUAAAUUGUCAGUUGCAUUCAUGUUGUUUCUAUUAAGAGCAAACCAAGUGCCAUUCUGCUACUGAACCAUCUGCAUAAGGUAUCUGUGUUGUCUCAAAGUGUGCAAGUCACGGUCAAAAUCAGUUAGGUGUGCCGCCAUGAUUCAGCCUUCUGAAUAUUUUGCUUGCCUGUUCCAAGAUUGUUCUAAUGUUUAAUUACACUAGUAAAAUGGCUCAAUUGUUGUGGUGUUGCAGUUUUCACAUACUUACUAUUUUAUUCUUGUUUAAAUAGUGUACUGUACAAGAAACUAAUAAUUAUAUAUUGAAAUUAUUUUGUAUGGAAAUAUAUUUAGAAAAGUGGUUUUUGAGCCACUGUCUUGUUCUUGGUAAGCUUUUUGUGUGGAAAAAAAAAAGUCCAUUCUUGAGUGUGCAAGUCCUUUUGCGAAGAAUUCCAAUUAUUCUGUAACAUUAGAGCACAACAUAAUUGUAGACAUUCUAAGCAUCUGUCUGUAUAGUCUACCAAUUGCACAAGGAAGGCACGUUAGCCCUCCAGAUUGAAAAUGUAUGUGACCUCUUGAACUGAAGUUAGAUUCCCAACCAUUCAAAAUGUUGGCAGCUGAUCACAUUUACUUCUGAUAAAAUUAAUGUGUAAGUAAGGUUAAUCUUCUUUCAUGAUGCCUUAUGACAAGCAGGUGCUGCUUCAUGAAAUGUCAUUGUAUAGCCCAUUUCAUGUAUCAUUACAUUGUUGCUGUCGUUCAAUGAGUGCAUUAUUUCUCUUUUUAAGUUGGCCUUAGGUAUAUGUCAUUGUGGCAUGCAGAGAGUUAUGAUGAUUUUAAAUAUUAGGAUUUUUAGAGCACAUAACAUUAGCUAUUUUAUGGAUUUCAAAAGUCUCAAAACAGUUGUAGAUUAAAACUCUUAGUUACCUUUCACAUUUCCAAACUAAAUGCAUAAAAUAGAACAAAUGCAGUAUAGAAGAUAACUAUGCUAACCAAAAUUAAUAGGUUAAGGGUAUUUUAUUUUAAAUCCUGUAGUAAUCAGGGAAAUGGGAUUAUUGUUUUAUACAUGAGUUCAUUAAGAUCAGAAAUAGAAAAUGUCUUGUAUUUUGCAGUUUUGUUAAGUCUUCCAUUCAUUUUAGAAUUAGUCUGCAAGUCAAAGAAAGUCUUGUUACCUUAAGUUAUAUGAAAACGGUCAUUUUAAACCAUUUAAAAUUUACAGUUUUCAAAAACUUAGAAAAAAAUCUUGAAAGUUAGGAAAAAUAAUUUAAAAAUAUGACAUGAGCACAAUCUGUGUAUUACACACAUUUAGUUUUUAUACUGCAUAUGUGGUAAAUGUCCCACAUUUUCCAGUAAAAUGUAUCAGAAAUUAAUGCCUUCUGAAUUUCAAAAUGAUUCGUAGAAAUAAGAUAUUGUACAACUAUAGCAAACAUAAAAUACAGGUAAAUCUUAAUACAUUUCACUAUGUAAAAGGCUAAAACUUCAUAAUUAUCUUCUUCUUAUAUCUUUUUUUGAGUUAAAAAGUCUAUUAAAUUUUUCUGUUCUAAAUUUGGUGGAAAAGGUUACGGCAAUACUUUGUUUUGUUAGAUUGUUUUUAUUCUUGGAAUGGCUCACAAGCAGAAUUUAAAAGGCAGAUUUUCAUUAACUAUAAAUGGCUGAAAAAACUGAAUUUACUAUCUAGCUACAGAAAUUAUUUUUCUAUGCUGUAAAACCCAGUUCGCAGAUAUCCCUAAGAACUUUUAAAAAUUAUUUGUCACAUCUAGGUCAGUGAUUAAAAUAGUGUUUUGCAAAUAUAAGUUAAUUUUAAUCAACUCAGAAUGAAUUAAGAGUGCAUUUUAAAAAUCACAAGUGAGACUUUGAUGUUUUUGCUGCCCCCAGCCAAAACUUAAUGGCCAUAAAUGAAUUUUAUCCCCAAAAUCUCUUUAAAUUUGGUCGGUUGCCUUGUCAUAUGUAAUUUCACUAUUUUCCAAGGAAAUAUAGAGAGCAAUGAUGAAACUGAGAAUAGUUUUAUAUAGAAUUCCUCUAUUUACUGAUAAUGCAUUAACAUUUUUAUUGAAAUGCUGUGGAAUAUGUGCCAAAACGUGAAAAGCUUACAUUAAGAAAGGCAUCAACUGUCAUUUGGAGAAAGGUACACAUUUUUUUUGAUGGUCCUAAGUGAUGUGAUAUUACUACUAGAAUCACAGAUUUCUUCAACUGACUUCUUUUGGUAUGUUCAGUUAUAGCUUUCUAAGGAUAGGACUACUUUUAUGUCUAGUAAUACACUGUAUUCCCUGUUAAUUAUCCCUUAAGUCAGGUUGUAGAAUUUGUAAGAAACUAGGUAUAGAAAAAACAUAUAGGCAAAUUCUGUGGUUAGCUUUAUAAAUUUAGGGUGCUUAUAAAAUGAAUUCUUUAUAUAAACUAUAGGAAUAAUCAUCUGAAUCUGUAAAAUCAGAGAAUAAAACUAAAAGUUUUCUUUAAUCUGUUGUUUCUUAAGCAAUAAACUGAAAGACCUUUACUUCCAUAAAA